AUGCCAACGAGAUUCAACUUCAACUUCAUGAUGCCGGCCUAUAUAUCGCUGAAGCACAAUUGUCGUCGGUUUCAGUCAACGUGGGUACCCGAUCCUAGGGUCCCUAUAUCCGAGAGGUUCAAGGUCAUUCCGCACCCGCCGGACGAGUGGGAUCAUCUCGAUUUGGACACCUACGAGGGCAUCCGCCGCAAGCGGAGCACGAAGAAGACGCAUAGGAACAAUUCGUCGUGGAGCCCCAAGGGCCAGGAAGAGACGCCUGAGAAUGCAGACUUGAAGAACCAGAAGAGGAGCUCGAUGGAUGUACCGGCUGAAUCGCCGUCAGAGUCGCUGUUAGAGUCCUGCGGUAGCGCCCUCACUGAAUUUCAUCUGUCGACUCCCGACAUGCCGUUGUCUACUUCGGCUUCUACGGAGAUCGCCACCAUCGUGAAUAAGACCACGAGUGGCCCGUCCGAUAAGGAGAGCGUGGGAAAUGUUUUGGUUGAGAAGGCGAAGCCGCGUGGCGAGCCUUCCACGGAGGGAAUCCCAACCAACCGCUGUGGCUCUUCGCAGCAGUCCGCCGCUACUACUUUGCAGGGUGACGACAUGCAGGACUUGAAGAGCAAGGAGAAGAAACCUGUCAAGGCUCUCGCGCAGAGGAGCACCCCCAUGGCCAGGCCUAUGCGUGGCCCCAUCAUGUUGGUACCGAGGCCUGCCGAUUGGAAACCGAAAGCCAAGCCCGUGAAGGAGAAAAGGCCUCUGGUCGUCACGCCCGUCGACUGUUCUGGUUGCGGCAUGUCGCUAUUGGGAACCAGUGCCUACGCCUGCAUCUUCCCCACGUGUCAUGUGCUUUUCUGUAGGCGUUGCGCUUGUCAGAUGAACCAGCAUUGGGAUGAUGGCGGUGUCUGCGGAAAUCUGGCCGAACUCAAGAAGAAGUUGAUUCUCGAGAAGGGUGGACCCGAGGCGGACGCACUCCGUGCAGCUUCUGUCAAGGAAGCCGAGGCAGCGGCUAUCGCGGCUCGUCCCAAGAAGGGUGUUGCUACCGGUGCAGCUAUUGCCAAGAUGUUGAUGGCUCGUCAGCGUGAGCAGCAGGCGUUUGCCGAACGUUGGGGCCGCAGCCUCGACUAG